AGAAGUGAAUCUGAGAAGAGAAGGGCAAACACUUAAAGAGAGAGAAGAGUUUCCCACAGAGCAUGGCCUCUGCCAAAGAAGAUGGUGUGAGUGAAAGAACGGUGGACAUUAAAGAAGAGGACUGUGAGCGGCUCACACCAGAGGAUGUGUGUGUGAAGCUGGAGGAUCACGAAGAAAGAAUUUCAGAUUUUAAAGAGGAGGAGGAGUGCAAUUGGGUGACUGUUACCAUUAAAGCUGAGGAUUUGAAUGAUUUCUCCGUUGGUCAUGAACUUCAAAAGUAUGAAACUGAGGAUAUUUUGAAGCCUGAUGCCUGUGAAGAAUCUCCAUCCAGUUUACAGCCCUGGUCCACUAAUACGGGACGACUGGCUACACAGGAGAAUUCUGCAGAGCUGAAAUCAGAGUCUGAAGAGAAAAUCACCAAGCGAAAUGGGAGUGAAGGAGCAGAGUCAUCUGGGAGUGCUGGAAUAAAUUUACAGAAGAAUGGCAGCUUCUCUCCACCUUCAUUUGGUCAGCCCUCUCUUCAAUACAAUGACAAAUGUAUGAAGACAUCGGCAAGAGGAUCGGAGAACCUGACAGCAGCCUUUUUGCAGUGCAGUUUUCUCCCUGCUAAUGGAGUAACACAGACAGAAGCCAUCACAACUGAUCGACAGCAAGUGGAGAAAGAAAUCCAAAUUCACACUGGAAAAAAAUGUCUGUCGGAAUGUGGCAAACAAUUCAUACAUAAAAGUGAUCUUAAUAAACAUAUGAAGAUUCACACUGGAGAAAUAAAAUAUUGUUGUCAUGAAUGUGGCAAACAUUUCCCAAAGAUCAAGAAUCUUAACAAACACAUUGAAAUUCACUCUGGAGUGCAGAAACCUCAUUGCUGUAAAGAAUGUGGCAAACGAUUCUCAAUGAGAAGUCGUCUUCAGAACCACAGAAGAAGCCACACAGGAGAAAAACCUCAUUGUUGUCCAGAAUGUGGUAAGUCGUUCUCAUGUAUAAGCUACCUUGAGAGGCACAGAAGAAUCCACACAGGAGAAAAACCUCAUUGCUGUCCAGAAUGUGGUAAGUUGUUCUCAAUGAGAAGCAAUCUUCAGAGGCAUAGAAGAAUCCACACAGGAGAGAAACCUCAUUGUUGUCCAGAAUGUGGUAAGUCGUUCUCAAGCAGAAGCCAACUUCAGAGCCACAAAAGAAGCCACACAGGAGAAAAACCUCAUUGUUGUCCAGAAUGUGGUAAGUCGUUCUCAUGUAUAAGCUACCUUGAGAGUCACAGAAGAAUCCACACAGGAGAAAAACCUCAUUGUUUUCCAGAAUGUGCCAAGCAAUUUUCUGACAAUCCCAGUUUUCAAAGGCACAUAGAAAUUGAUACUUAAGGGAAGCCAUAUUGCUGUUCUCAAUGUGGAAAAAGGUUUUUCAACAUUAGCUGUGUUCAAGUAAACACACAAACUUGCACUAAAGAGAAAAUACAAUACAUAUGUUCUGAAUUUGGCAAAUUUUAUACGAGCCAGAAAAGUCUUUACAGACAUGCCAAAUUCAUACUGAAGAAAAAUGUCAUGGCUGUUCUGAAUGUGAGAAACGAUUCUUAGAUUUAAGCAUAAUUCAAUGCCACAUCAGAACUCAUACUGGAGAGAAACCUUAUUGUUGCCCGGAAUGUGAUAAGCAGUUCUCAAAACAAAGCACCCUAAAGAGACACAUCAUACAUCACACUGGAGAGAAACCUCACCAUUGAUUGGAAAGUGGCAAACAAUUCUCAUGCCUCAGUUCUCUUUGUAAUCACAGGAGAAGUCAUACUGGAGAGGAGCCUUACAGCUGCAUCAAAUGUGAUUCUCAUAUAACAUUUCUCUUCACAAACAUAAAAUAAUUCAUUCUGGUAAGAAACAAAGAUGUUCUGGCUGUGGCAAGCUUUUCUCAAAUGGCACAACUCUUAAAGACCACAUGAGAAUUCUCUCUGGAGGAAAAACCCUAUUACUGACCAGAAUGUGGCAAAUGAUUAUCAUUUCUAAGCGUGCUUAGAUGCCACAAAAGCACUUUGAGCUACAUUUUUUUGUAUGAAUAUGUGCUAUAUAAAUAAAUGUUGAUUGAUUGAUUGAUCCACACUGGAGAGAAGCAGUACACCUGUUCUGAAUGUUGUAAAGGAUACUCUUCCAGAAAAAAAAUAAUUCAGAGAUGCACACAAAGUCAUAGGACAUCACAGAAAAGUCAGGUACCAACUGAAAACAAAACAAGAAAGCUGAUUGGUGGAAAGAACUGUCAGUAACUCCUGAGUGGACUGCUGAGGACAGCCGUGGCAUUCAGACUUCAAAGUUCGUGUUUUUGAUUUCAAACCUGUGAUCAUGCACUGAAUAAGUCUGUUAUUUAUCAGUUAGCAUGUUCUGAAACUGUAAUGUCAUCACAAAGAUCACACAAACAUAUAAUGUGGCAUUUGUGGUCAAUCACUUUUGAUGAUUUUUGUGUCACCAUUCAUCAGCCCUGUAUAGAGUGACACUUCCAGAUCGACAACCCCACUGCACCCCGUGGCACAUUUGGAGUUUGGGGCUGGAGCAUAAAGUGGAUGGCACUCGGAGAAGGACAGACUUGUAAGACGUGAACAAAGCCAGCUGCCCUCCCUGGACUGUCUUCAUUCAGAAGGACUCACCUGAGUGAUGGGAUUGUUCUGCGGCGCUCCUGUUAGCCGACAUUUCAUCAGCUUGCUUUCUGUGUUUCAUCUGAUAACCAGCAGAGCUAAUCAAAGAUGAGCCAGGACUGUUACAGUGUGAACAUUCUUGGCAUUUUGUUUUACUAUUUUUUCUACUUCUUUACUUUGAGUUCUUAUAGGCCUUGUACAUUAGAGAUUAUUAAUACAUGAGCAUGUGGUGUUGUUAAUGAAUUCAUAAUUAAUAAACUGUUCUUAUUGCUAAAUUGUAA